AUGCGGCGGCUGCCAGAAAGUCGGCUAUUGUUCGAAAGAGCAUCAAAAGUUGCACUGGAAGGAUCACAAGGGGACUGUUGUGGGUGGAAGGUGUCGGAAAAUAAGCGGCUGGGUCGAUUCCUCAUCGCCGUGAGGGAUGUCAAGCCGGGAGAAAUUAUUAUGCAAGAAAAACCUCUGAUUAUCACCCCUCCGAAAAUCACCCUUCCGGUCUGUCUCGGUUGUUACAGUGAAUUCAAGCCGGAUGGAGUGGUGACGGAUGACGGUAAAGGCGUCAAACCGCACGCUUGCCAGAAUGGAUGCGGCUUUCCCAUGUGCAAAUCUCCACUUUGUUGCAACUCCCAGGAUCAUAAGGCCGAGUGCGCCUUGGCCAAAUCGAGGGGAAAGGUUACGAUUAAAUAUGCCGACGGUGAACAUCCGCUCUAUCAACUGAUCGGAAUCUUGCGAGCGCUCGGACUCAAAGAUAAGAAUCCUGACGUCUUCGAGAAACUGGUGAAUCUCGAAGCAAAUGUGGAAAAACGGGAGGAAUUCGUUAAAGCCAUGGAGGCCGAGGAAGGUGGUGGCGGGGGACCUGGUGGCAGUUCCACGAGUAACAGCACCGAACUCAAGCCGGCAGCAGGUGUGAAGCUAAUUCAUGAUUUCUUCCAAAGAACGGACGUAACGGAGGAAUGGAUUGUCAAACUUAUCGGAAUAAUUGAGACGAACGGGCACGAAAUUCCCAUCCCGGAUCUCGAUGGGCAUAUCAACAGGCGAGUUAUUGGUGUGUACCAUAACUCUUCCUAUCUGGAGCAUAAUUGUCGUCCAAACUGUGUCAAAACGUGGGAUUUGAGCACUAAAGAAAUUGUGAUUCGAGCCAGUACACCCAUCAAGAAGGGAGAUCAUCUUUCAAUCAGCUAUGUGGACCCUUUAUGGGGCACCGCCGAUCGACUAUCUCUCCUCCGAAUGACGAAAUUCUUCACGUGCCACUGUGACCGGUGCAAGGAUCCGACCGAGCUCGGAUGUCACGUCAGCUCGCUCCGGUGUCAACACUUGAAAUGUAUGAAUAUCCCGACCUCCGAAAAACGUGGCCUGGUCGCUCCACUCGAUCCCUUCAAACCGGACGGAGAUUGGAAAUGUUUGACGUGCAAGGAAGACUACAACGUCGCCUAUGUCAACUCUCUGAUCCAGAAAGCUGGUCAAGAGAUGGACCAACUUCACGACAAAAUCGGCGACAUCGCGGCCAAGGAAGACUUUGUGAAACAAUUUUCGAAAACCUUGUCGCCCAAUCACUUUUACUUGUUGGAGGUGAAAGUAGAGCUGGCCCAGCUUUACGGACGGACGAGUGAGGAGCCGUUGCAUAUGAUGAGUCCGAAAAAUCUCGUGAGGAAGAUUAACCUCUGUGAAGAACUUUUGGUCACGCUCAACAUAAUUUAUCCAGGCUACAAUAGGUUGAGAGCUUUGAUCAUUUAUGAACUCCAAGCCGCAGUCUUCAUGCUUUCACAACUUCGCCGCAGUUGUGGAGAUAUUUCAUUGGAAACGCAUUUGGAAGAGUUGAUGCAAUGCGGUAAGUGGAUGACUGAAGUGAUAAAAGUGCUCGGAUGGGAAAGCCAGCAUUCGAUCGAGCGAAAAAGGGCAGCUGGGGCCGAGAGAGACUUGGACAAUUUGAGAAAGGCUGUACUUUCACUGCAGAAUUUGCCUGAACCUACGGCUACCUUAUCAGUCGAUAAGGUAGCUGCUGCUGGAUCCAGGAAUGAAAAUGCAAAACCACCUUCCAGCCCGAAGAAAGGAGGAGAAAAGGAGUUAUCAUCACUUGAUAAGGAUCUGGAGAAGGAUAUUCUCGAAAUUGAAAGAUCCCAUCUCACUGCGGAUGAUGAUUCGUUCAUUGAAGAAGUGUUUUAAUUGGGAGAGGAGAAAAUUACUUAAUAAUUCGACUUGAAUAAUGAUUAAAUUUUCAACUUGUUACUACUUAAAUGUAAACUUUUGUCAGAAAAUUACAUAUAUAAAUAAUGGUACAUGUAGAGUCAGUAGCCGCGGAAGCCGUGGGGACAUCUGGGGACAUUUACUUAAAUAUACUUUUGUCAGUGUAUUCUGUAAUAAACAAUGGUACAUACAUGUAGUCAGGUCAGUGGCCGCGGAAGGUGUGGGGACAUUUUCCUUGUAAUAUGGGGGAGGGACGGGUUUAUAUAAGAUGAGGAGAUGAUGCGGACAUCGAAUAACCGUGGGGACAUUGCCCACACCCUUCCGCGGCCACUGCAUAUAUGUAGUUCAAAGACAUACGUACCUACAAUCUGCAUUAUACAAAAGAUGAAAAUAAAAAGACAUACUGAAACUGUUCCAUGCAAA